AUGGACACUCAACUAGCAGAUUCAUGGCUCCAGUUUGUUCGUGAACUGGGAUUUUCACCAGUCCUGGACGGGCCAUACGAAAACCUCAUGCAGGGAUGGGGAGCAAUAUUCGGCAAACUCAUGACACUUUACAAGUUUCCUCCACCAGACUUGACUGUGCAAACGGAGGAUAAGAUUGUCAACGGCAUCAGCACACGAAUUUAUGUACCACCCGACGUGAUUAACCCGCCGGUUGCACUCUACUUUCACGCAGGGGGAUGGAUCAUGGGCGGCGUGGACGAAGAGGACGGAUUCACCCGCGCACUCAGCAAGAUAAGCCGGACCACGAUACUGAGUGUAGGAUACCGUCUCGCCCCGGAGUACCAAUUCCCGACCCCCCUCGAGGACUGCGUGAAUGUAGCACAGUGGGCGCUGGAGACAUACCCCGGCAAAUCCGUUUCGUUCAUCGGGGCAUCAGCCGGAGGAAACCUCGCCUUCAGCACCGCCCUCUCUUUCGUUGACAAAGGACUAGGCGACCGAGUGCAAGGCGUAAUCGGAAUAGCCCCGGUAACCGUCCACCCAGAGGCCGUUCCCGUGGAAAAACGGUCCCAGUAUACUUCGUAUCACGAGAACGACCGAGCCACGGUCAACACCGACUCGGCGAUGCGGACUUUCCUCGACUGCUAUGGAGCACCGCCUGAGGAUCCUCGGCUUUCUUGUCUGCUGCAUCCACGGCUCGGUGAGCUGAACAAGGCCUACAUGGCGAUUGGUGGGGCGGAUACACUGAGGGAUGAUGUUAGGUUGAUGAAGGAAGCGCUGACCGACCUUGAGGUCCCUGUGCGAUGCGACAAGUACCCUGGGUUUCCGCAUUUCUCAUGGCUGUUUCCUUCGCCGGUCCUGAAGGAGCAUCAGGAGGAAUUCUUCGGUAAUCUGAUCCGUGGGAUUCAAUGGGUGCAGGAAUGA